AUGAGCAGCAACGACGCAGCCCACGUGGCGGCAGACGUGGCCUCCAAAUUCGACUCACGAAUUAUCACCUUUCUGGUUGGGCCUCAAAAGAUUCGGUUUCGCAUCCACGACAACGUGCUCCGUCAAGCUCAGGCGGGCAACUUCCUCGGCAAAGCCUUUUGCGACGGCUUCCGGGACAUCAAAGAGCUCCCAGACGACGGACCAGCCGAGUUCCAGUUCUUCGUGAAUUCGCUUUACAGGGUCUGGACGGAGUCAACGGAAUUGCCCUUCAAAUGCGAGAACCUCAAAGUCCCGCAGAAACUCAAGCUCUACGCUUUCGCGCACAAAUACGCCUGCCACGAUUUCCAAAAUGCAAUCAUUUCCAGCAUCUACCAUUUCGAGCCGCAACAUGUCUGGCGAAAUGCAAUCUGUCGUGAAGACCUCGAACGCCUGGUCGCUGAUGUUCCGGACGGAUCUCCCAUGCACCGGAUCCUUACGGAUUGGCUUCUUAAGGACAUGUUCGACAUGCACCCAGGAGUGAAUCACAUUGCGGAUGAGUUCCUAGAGGGAUUACCAGAAUUCCUCUUGCGUGCUGCCUUGAAACACAUGCUCACAUACAGCUUUCCCCGCUCACUCAACAAAAAGAUGCCGUUAAAGAUGAGGGCAAAGGGAAACUACCUGCUGACGGAAGACAAUCAAGUGCGAGAGAGGAAACUGGAGCCGCUGGUGGAUGUCCAGGGCUUGUUAGCGGGCGACGCUGGCAAUGCCGUUCCCUGCCCGAGGCCCCCUGCCGGUGGUUGGCGACAUGCUUCGGCACCACCCGCUUCCAAAAAACAUCUUCAGCGACGCGAUUGA